AUGGCGUACACCUUCCCGCCCUCUGGGACCAACGGUGGUUCCAGCAAAUCCCACUUGUGGCUCAUGCCGUGUCCACUGCCCACUGCAAUGUCGAGCAAGACAAUGUCAAAAGCCCUCACUACCCAAGCCACGGCCACGCUCUCUGUGCGACUGCCACCAUAUCAUCUCGACCGAACAUGUGCGGCCUGUCAUCUCACCAUCGAGACCGAGACCGUGCUGUUGAUUCUGCAUCUGCAUCUGCAUCUGCUCCCGAUGCAAGAUUCGUCGCCGAUUAGCGCCCUGCGCGGCCUGGUUCCGCACUGCAUUACCCGCCGCCAGAUGCUUCCAAAGUACGAGUCGCCAAAUAUUGGCUUCGCGGUAUCAUGA